ACGUAUGUCACAACAACAAAAUAAUUUAUGACACAUAAUCACAUUGAAAACACAUUUCUACUCGAAUAAGAAAAUGUCGCUCUUGUGGUUUUGUGUGCAGCUGCUUUUGCACAGUGUAACCGCAGAUGAUUUAGUUAAAGAAAAUCGAUUGUUUAUACCGCCAGAAGAUAAUAAUUUAAUGAAUUGUGAUGGCAAAUUCGAGUUUUUCGACAAACGUCUGGCUUGCCCCUCGCUGAUGAAUAUCUACAAUCUUCGUGAUAAGGAGAACAGUGAAAUGAAGGAACUAUUGCUCUUUGGCCAUAAUGGAUUGCGCAAUCGUCUGGCCAAAAAGCUGGAUGGCUGCGACAUGCUGGAAAUGUCCUGGGACAAUAAUCUGGCCGAGCUGGCCAGACGCCACCACAAAUACUGCCAACGCUUAAUAGACUGUGACAUUACAUCCAAUUUAUCAGCACAUGCAGAUGCACGGAAAUUUAAGAAAAUUAUUAGAGGCCAAUACAUCGAUGUGGCACGAAGUAGCUUUUUUCUGAAGGACAUUUACUCCACAAACUUCAUACCGUACGUCUUGAGCAGCUGGUACGAGACGCAUAUUGAACUGAAGUUCCCCACAAAGGUUGAAUACAAUAGAACCAAGUAUUAUAAGAUUGUCGGCGAUAAUAGCUUUACGCACAUUAUAAAGCCGCAGACCUAUCAACUGGGCUGCUCCUAUGCCAUGUUCAUCGAUGGCCUCAGCUUAAUUUGCUAUUACUAUCCACAUAUACAUAUGAACGAUACGAUCCUAGUGCGAAUAAAGCCCAAGGAAUAUCAAUGUCCUCAUAGCUUUCCGGUGUUGGAUUCGAUUUUCAAAAGAAUCUGCAAAUAUGUCGAGUGGAAACUCUAAGGAGCUCCACUUAUCCAAUUAAGCACGUGUUAAGCACUUGUAAAGACUUUUGCUUAAGCAGCAGUUUGAUAAAUUUGGUAAGCGCUUUGCCAGGGGUAUAUCAGCUGAAGAAGGGACAUGGCCUGAUUACAUACCAAGUAUUUCGGGGCACAGCCCAACUGCCACACACCUCAGCAGGCUGGGCAGAGUUACAUGACCCUUAUCAUAUCUGGCCCGAAUAACCACAUCCCAAAGCGCACACUUUCGCCUCAAAGCAAAUACUAAAAGCGUGUAUGCCACACGAAUGUUCGACUAGGAAAUGCCCUAUAGAAAAUGCCCUCAAACUGUUUAUCAUUGAAAAUUCAAGAUCGCGAAAAUAUUUUAUAUUUUGAUAAUUUGAAAUGUCGAAAAAACAAAGGCAUUUCGUUUUGUUCAAGAGAUUUGUGAAACAGCUUAAUUCAGUAAUGAGUAAAACGAGUAGUUAGCUUGGAUUAGUUAUUCCAGUGAAACAUAAUCAACGGAAUUAUUAUAUAAACUAUUUCUGAGAGUUACGAUUUAGUAUAGACCCUUUGUGGUUUGCUUAUUGAUGGGUAUGCGAGAGCCGCAUCAAUUCCUGUUUCUGGUUUGUGGCCGCCUUUUGUGGUUGGCUGCUCUGAUGAUGCUGGUGGUGCUUCGACUUCCACUCGGACUCGGACUCGGACUGUGACUUUGGCUUUGGCACUGCCUCAUAAACGGAGUGGCAGCGGCGCAGUUGCCCCGAAGGUGUAAAACUUGUCGGUGUAUUAAUGUCUUGUUGUUGUUGUUGUUGUUGCACACUUUUCAAAACUGCCUGUCAAUGCGUGACAUUUCAUA